GAUAUACUUUCCAACAAUGUCGAAGCUGUGAAUUCCGUUUAUCUUGUCUUUUGUACUGAAUAGUUGCCCAUUGCCGCCCAUUCAAAAUGCUGUUCGAGUCUAUGAUCACCGCGUUCGCGUUCGCUCUCUGCGCUUCUGCUAGAGCUGUCCCGAACCCCAUCGAAGUUUUCAAGCGUGCGCAUACGCCCGGCGUCGUCAUUAACAAGUGCUCCAAGCCUGGUGUCCUUGCAUUGGCCUAUGACGAUGGUCCGUAUCAAUACACCUCGUCGCUAGUAGAUACUCUGGAUAAGGCAGGCGUAAAAGGAACCUUCUUCUUCACUGGCACUUUGUACGGUUGCAUUUACAACCAGAAGGCCGCUGUUAAGAAGGCCUAUGACUCUGGACACCAAGUUGCGUCUCACACGUGGACCCACCCCCAUAUGGGAAGCAUGAGCGCUGCCCAAAUCAAGAGCGAGAUGGAGAAGGUUGAGCAAGCAUUUGUCAACAUCUUCGGCAGAAAACCGCAGUACAUGCGUCCUCCAUACCUCGAGACCGGAGGUCAAUUCUUGAGCGUCAUGAAGGAGAUGAACUACAAUGUCAUUACUGACGAUGUAGAUGCUGGUGACUGGAAUAACCAAUCUCCGCAGCAGAGCCAGCAGAAGUUCCAACAAGCCGGUGCUGGCGGUAACGGACACAUCCCACUCAUGCACGAGACGUACCAGGGCACAGUCACUACUCUGACGAACUGGCUGAUCGACUGGGCCAAGACUAACAACCUGAAGAUCGUCACAGUUGCCGAAUGCCUCGAUGAUGCCAACGGUGCUUACAAGGAGGGAACAUUCCCAAGCAACGGACAAUCGUCUUGCUAAAAGGUACUCUGGGGUGUCUAUGAUCGGCGAGGAACAUGCAAUCCGGCUAUUUACAAGUGACUAGCCUGGUUUGAAUGUCUUGAUAGUCUCAUAAUAUUCAUAGUAUGAUCGAUUGCAGCUGGCGGACUAUAGCCUAUAGCAGGAGCCUUGAAAAAAGUGCACAUAUUGAUACAUAUAUUGAUAGUUAAAUUUUGACCAACAAUCUAUCGACUUGAUAUGUUGGAUAGGUAGGUAGCUAAGGUAGUCAAACAUGUCAGUAUCCUAUUUUAA